AUGUCUACUCCGGUCGGAGUCCCUCAUCCAGAGCUGCCCGCGGAUCUAGCGACGAGCCCGGGUCAGAAGCGCAAGCGCGCAAGCGACUCUUCGUCGCCGGACACUCGUCGCUCGAAGCGUGGCGCUCCGGCUGCAACGAUGGCAACCACUGAGUCGGAUGCUAAUCAAGCCGUGCAAGUUGCUCAGGCUCAGGCCGCUCAAGUUACUCAAACGGCACAGGCCGCCCAGUCCUUCUUGGACAACACUGUGAGCAUUGCACAGGCUGCUCAUGAGCAUGUCAACGUCGACGACUUUAGCGCGCUUGCCCAGGCGACUGCCGCUGAUCAUAGCGAGACCACCGAUGCUACCAACGCCACUAACACGGCGGCGGCUGCUCUGAACAUGUACCCCAAUCUCCAUGUCUCGCAGCCUACUGCCGAGCCCUUCUCAAGCCAGCCGGCUCAGGAAGCUCACCAGGAGAACACCUUCAACCAUUCUAUUAAUCAGCCAGCGCCUGCGGAGCCUAUGCCUGUUGCCCAGCCCACGUCGAUACCGGCGCCCGCGGCUCCAGCUCCGGCUAAUGGGGUGCAACAGCAUCCAGUUCAACAGCAGCAGCCUCAGGCGCCUCCUCACCCCCAGACGCAUCCCCAAUAUAAGCCGCCCAACCCUAAGCCGGCUGUUGGUUCUGAGGAAUGGCACAAGAUGCGUAAGGACAAUCACAAAGAAGUUGAGCGUCGCCGUCGCGAGACAAUUAACGAGGGCAUUAACGAGCUCGCUAAGAUUGUCCCUGGGUGCGAGAAAAACAAGGGCUCCAUUCUGCAACGUGCCGUUGCCUUCAUCCAGCAGCUGAAGGAAAAUGAGGCGCAAAACAUCGAGAAGUGGACCCUUGAGAAGCUGCUUACUGAGCAGGCUAUCGCUGAGCUUAGUCAGUCGAAUGACAAGCUGAAGCAGGAGUGUGAGCGCCUCUACCGGGAGCUCGAUCACUGGAAGUCUCUUGCUCAGAGCGCUGGCCUGGGCUUACCUCCUCAGCAGCAGCAACAAGGCCAGCCACAAGGUCAACAGCAAGGCCAACCGCAGCCGGAGGAGCAGCCUCAGCCCGCAGCGCAGUCUCAGCAGACCUCGCAACCUCAGCAGCAAGCACAGACGCAGCAGGCGCCGGCUCCCUCCCAGCCUAAGGAGGAGCAGGUCGCCAGCAGUUAG